UGGUAGAUGUUGUUUGUGUUUGUGUUAAGAUAAUAUUUUCGCCAUAAAAUGGCUGAUAGAAAUGAAAAAUGUUUAAGUGAAUUAUUAAAAUAUACCGGAAAUAAUGUAUGUGCCGACUGCGGAGCACGAAACCCAGAGUGGGCUUCUUACAACAUUGGCAUAUUUAUUUGUACAAGAUGUUCGGGUGUUCACCGCAGUAUGGGAGUUCACAUAAGUAAAGUAAAGCAUUUAAAAUUAGACAGAUGGGAGGAUUCCCAGGUUCAAAGAAUGAAGGAAGUGGGAAAUACGAAAGCAAAACUGAAAUAUGAAGAAAGAGUGCCCCCGUGUUAUAGAAGGCCUAAAGAAGACGAUCCUCAAGUGUUAAUAGAACAGUGGAUAAGAGCAAAGUACCAAAGAGAAGAAUUUUGCUAUCCAGAGAGGCAAACCUACACCAGCGGUUACAUGCAGGGUUUUCUUAUGAAAAGGGGCAAAGAGGACAGCAAAUACCAAGCUCGAAAGUUCGUCCUCUCCGAAAUGGACGACACGCUAAAAUAUUUCGUUAGAGAAAACAAAGAACCGAAAGCUGUACUUCGGAUAUCCGAAUUGAACGUAGUUUUUGCCCCCGACAAGAUAGGAUACCCAAAUUCGUUACAGCUUACGUUUCUGAAAGACGGUACUACCCGACACAUUUACGUCUACCACGAAGAAGGGGAAAUAAUCACAAAUUGGUAUAUGGCUGUGCGGUGCGCCAAAUUACACAGAUUACAAGUCGCGUAUCCUUCGGCGAGUGAAUGCGAUUUGGUGAAUCUUUUGACUGAGGAUUUUGCAAAGGAAGGUUGGCUAUGGAAAACCGGUCCUAAAAUUAGUGACGGCUUUAAGAAAAGGUGGUUCACGUUAGAUAACAGGAAACUAAUGUAUCACGAUGAACCGCUCGAUGCUUAUCCUAAAGGUGAAAUAUUUAUAGGUCAUUCUCUGGACGGAUACAGUAUACGCAUAGGUGUAUCUGCCGGUGUAAAAGACCAAGGAUUUUCCUUUUCGCUAACGACCCCCGAUAGAACGUACAAUUUAUCGGCUCAGUCUGAACACGAUAGGGAUCACUGGAUCGAGGUCAUAGGAAGAGUGAUAGACAGGCCUUUGACGCCGCAAGAUUCAGCAAGUAAGUUUUUCUCUUCGAUUAAUUUAAAAAUGUUUGAACUGGUUAUGAUGUGGAUAUUAAAGUUUUUUUCCAUUUUUUUUUUUUCAGUUUGUGGGCGACUAAUAAGGAAGCGCACAAAUACAAAUUCAAUAAAUAUAUUUUCCCCAAGGUAGUAUCAAUAACUCGAUUACGUCUAUAUUAUAUAUCACCUAGUCCUAUAUUUAUUAUGUAAUGCAGUAACCAUUAUUCAUGCUCAUCAUCUUUUCAUUAAUACUCAAAAGAACAAGUAUCCAUGUUACGUAUAUGUCACUCAGUUUAUGCUUGACGAUUUGCAAUUAAAUUAUUUUUACAAGUUUUAUAUGGUAUUCUAAGUAGGUAGUUCCACGUAUUGUAUCUUUUUAUCUUUGUAGUAAUAUUUUUGUUAUACUUUUGCGACAUAAAGGACAAGCUAAAAAACACGAUUUUUAGGAACGUUUCGUCUAAAUUGUAAUAAAUAUAUAGACUAUUAUAAUUCAAUUUAAAAUUAUUAUGUAAAACGAUGUUUCAUCUAUUCAAUGUAAACAGUGGUAGGGUGGCCCAAAAAAAAAACGAAUUUUUUUUCGUGUCUUGUGAAA